CUCUGCUCUGUGAACACAACAACUCCACAAAGACCUAAAGAAAACCCACCACCUCCCUCUCCUCCUCACCCACGCUGACAUGAACGAGGAGGCGGAGGAGUCGCAGGAGGUGUUGAAGGGCGAGGAGCAGGUGGACGAGCAGCAGGAGGAAGAGCAGCAACAGGAGAUGCAACAGGCGGGAAAACAAGGGGAGGAGGAGGAGAUGCAGCAACAGGAGGACAUACAGUCUGAGGAGGUGCAGCAAGGAGAGGAGGAGCUACAGAACGAGGAGGAGCAAGUGCAGCAACAGGAGAAGGAGCAGGAGGAGGAGUUGGGAACUGAGGAGAUGCUAGAGGAAGAGGAGGUGCAGCAGGAGGAGGAUGUACAGACGGAGGAGCACCAGCAGACUGUGGAGGUGCAGCAGCUGGAUGAGGAGGAGAUGCAACAAAAGCAGAACGAGGUGCAGCAGAGUGAGGUGGUAGAGCAGGAGGGGGAGGAGGAGGAGGUGCAGCAGAGUGAACAGGAGCAGAGGGAGGAGAAGCAGCAGGUAGAGGAGCUGCAGCACACUGAAGAGGCACAAGACUUUGUGGACGCUGUGGAGCAGAACCACAACAACCAGGUCCUGAUUCGACUGAGAGGAAUGCAGAAAUAUAAAAGUACAUCACAGAGGCUGAAGGGGGUCCUGGAGCAGAUGGACCGUGGAGUCGUGGACCUGCAGGAACUCCGCAGGAACCUGGAGCUCGCUGCUGCCAUGCUGGACGCUGUUUACACGGAUGAGACCAGGCGUCUGCUGGACACUGAGGACGAGCUCAGCGACCUGCAGGCAGAGUCGGUGCCCAGCGAAGUACGUGAUUGGCUGGCAUGCACCUUCAGCAGGAAGAUGGGCGUGGCCAAGCGUCGCCCUGAGGAGAAGCCCAGAUUCAGGAGCAUUGUCCACGCAGUGCAAGCUGGGAUCUUUGUCGAGAGGAUGUACAGACGGACAUCCAACAUGGCUGGUCUGACCUAUCCUCCCACAGCUUUGACAGCUCUGAAGGAAGUGGAUCAGUGGUCCUUUGAUGUUUUUUCCUUCCACGAGGCCACUGGAGACCACGCCCUCAAGUUCCUGGUCUACGACCUGCUGACACGCUAUGACCUCAUCAACAGGUUCAGGAUCCCAGUGCAGGCUCUGGUGCAGUUUGUUGAAGCUCUGGAGAACGGCUACAGCAAACACAGGAAUCCAUAUCACAACCUGAUCCACGCCGCUGAUGUCACUCAGACCGCACACUUCCUGAUGCUGCACACUGGACUCAUGCACUGGCUCAGCGAGCUGGAGAUUCUUGCGAUGGUUUUCGCUGCAGCGAUUCACGACUUUGAACACACAGGAACCACCAACAACUUCCACAUCCACACCAGGUCGGAGGUGGCCAUUCUGUACAACGACAGGUCGGUGCUGGAGAACCAUCACGUCAGCGCCGCCUACAGGCUGAUGGCCGAGGAGGACAUGAACAUCCUGGUCAACCUGAACAAGGACGACUGGAGGGAGCUGAGGUCUCUGGUGAUAGAGAUGGUGAUGUCCACAGACAUGUCCUGUCACUUCCAGCAGAUCAAGACCAUGAGGAACGCCCUGACACAGACACACGGCAUAGACAAAGUGAAGGUUUUGUCUCUGAUGCUUCACGCUGCUGACAUCAGUCAUCCUGCCAAAGCCUGGCCGCUGCACUACCGCUGGACUCACAGUCUGAUGGAGGAGUUCUUUAGACAG